AUGACUUCCCCCAGACUCAUUCCCCUGUGGAAGGAUUUUAAAUACCUUAUAAAUGACAUGAUACAUAAAAGCAAGCAAACUCUAGAUGACCCAAAGACUGAUGUAGUUGUGUUGAGUGACCGGUCCCAGAUCCUGUUCAAAGAGUCUCGCCAUCCUCAAAAUAUGCCACUUAUAUGCUAUUACUUCAGUGAUGCCCACUUCUUUGCUUCCCUCUCGUGGGUGACAACAAGCACAAAAGAAAUACAGGCUGUGGUAUGGAUGAAGAGCAAAACUGAGGACAUGGUGGAGAAGAGAACAUUCUCCAUGACCGAACGACUGCCGCCCAUCCAGUCCAUGGUUCACACAGGUUCCUUUCAUAUCCUCGUGGUCUACUGUGGUGACCUGCUCCUGCGGCUCUUUGGGGACCACUUUCAGUCAUUCAAACCCCUGGGUAUAGUGCCCUGCCGCUUCAACAUCAACUGCCUCUGCUAUGACCCAGAAAUGAAGAUGCUUCUGUCGGGAAUCCUGGGGGCAGUGGUCACCUGGAUCAUGGAGCGGAGUGGCAAGGGUCUCCAAAUAGCCCACAUGGUUUCCAUGCCUGGUGAUGAGCUAGUCCACAACAUCAUGUUGAACGGCCCCAAUGGCUCCCUUGUAGCCCUGUGUGAGACUGUGGUGAGGGUCCUUGAGCGCCAGGGCCACGGCCGGCUGGCAGAGGUGAAGAGGUUCCCUUCCACCACCAGUGGCUCCUCAAUCACCUGCUGCUUCACCUGUUCUGAGCAGCGCUUUCUCUAUGCUGGAAACAAGACUGGGGAAAUCCACGUGUGGAGCCUCAAUCAGGGCCACGCACUCCACAGUUUCAAGGCCCAUUUCUCAUCGGUGAUAUGUAUCCGCAGCCGGCCAGAAGCCCACACCCUGCUAACAGCCGGCCAAGAAGGCUUAAUCAAGGAGUGGAACCUGACUUCAGGGAGUCUACUGCGGCAGCUAGAACUUGGCGAGGAACUGUAUCAACUCCAGUUUAUUGAUAGCACUACUUUCUUCUGCCAGACUACCCAUUCUUUCUCCUUGCGCAGUCUGCCCUGCUUCUAUAACCUCUUCAAUGUCUGUGGCUCUGCUCCCCAGCAGAUACGUCGGGUCCGCUGUGGCAAUAACUGGUUCCGGAUCCUGUGCACUACUGAGGAUGGCUUGUUGCGCUUUGUGUCCCCACUAACAGGGAAUCUUCUGGUUAUCACCUGGCCCUUCUCAAUCCUGGACAAGGCUGUGGAUUGGGCCUAUGACCCAGAUAAAGAGGAGCUCUUUGUAGCAACAGGCAGCUCAGAUGUGCUGGUAUUUGACACAACCCGCUGCCCUUGCCCAGCCAAGUAUCUUAUAUGCACCUCACCAGAUUCUCAGGACAUGGUACAAUGCCUGGCUUAUGGGCAUUUCCACCUGGGUCGGGGUCUAGAAGGACUAAUGUUCUCUGGACACCAGAGUGGUGUGAUCAGAGUGCUUUCCCAGCACAGCUGUGCCCAAAUAGAGAAAUUCAUGCACUUUGGGGCUGUAUUAGCACUCUCUACACUGCCUGGAGGGCUUCCUGGUUGCCGAGAAAACUCUUUGCUCUGUUCCUAUGGAAUGGAUGACUAUGUACACCUAUCAGAAGCUGUGCUUGAAGGGGUGAGAGUGCAGCUGCAGCCCCUCGCCAGCAUUCUCAGCAGCUGUCAGCUAACACACUUGAUACUCUUGCCCAAGUCUGUGGGUGCCAUCACGGAGACUAACUGCCUGCGUCUCUGGAAGUUCCAUGACUUUCUGUCCUCUGGGUCACAGGAAGGCUCAACGUUCAUAGAGACGUUGCCUCUGCACCAGUGUACCAUCACAUCUUUUGAUGUCUGCCUAUCCUUGAGUCUUUUUGUCACGGGUGGCAGUGAUGGCUCUGUCCGGAUCUGGAACUUCCAUGGUAGACUCAUAGCCAUGCUGGACUCAUCAUUGCACUUUGGCCCACUCUGCUUUGCAAAUGACCGGGGUGACCUGCUUGUCACUUUCAACCAGAGUCUUUAUCUGGUGUCCUGUUUAAAACUGCUUCCCUCAGCCCUGCUGGCUCACCUUUCCCUUAUGGGUAUGACAGAUGAAGUGCUAGAAGUUCCUAAGCCUUUCAUACCAAGCUUCUUCUUCUCCUUUGAGACCAUGUUUGUGCCCAAGUAUAUCUACUUUGGACAAGGGCAACAGCAAUUAGUGGGUCUGGAGAACCUUGUCAAUAAUCGGGCCAUCGCCUUUGAUCAUAAUGUGCCACACGUCAUAGAAGAAGAUGAGCAAGGGAGCCCUGUGUUACUGUCUUCCUUCAGACACGAGUCCUUGUAUAAGGAAGCUGAUUGGACGCAGGUGAAAAAACCUCCUCAUUCCCAUUAUGUGCUUCCUCCCCAGCUACAGCUGACUACCUGGGAUGGGCUCAACCCUUACCAGAUACUGCGAUACUACUUUGGUCAUGGGCAGAAAUGGCUCUUGGCUCCUGAUUGCUACAUCCCUAACUCAGUGAUUCGUGCCCGUCUUUGGCCACAGGGCAGCCCGAUAUACCUACAGUGCAACCUGCACUCACCCAUGCGGGAACUGGAAUGGGACAAGUCUCAACAAUUCUUCUUCUGGCACGGUAGGGUAAGAGCUAUAAGUGAUGUAGGAGAAUAUGCACGUGAAAAGGAGGAUGAAGACUUCCUUGAAAUAAGAGCGUCAAAGGAUAUAACUUACAGUGUCCUUACAGACUCAGCAAACUGCAGUUGGCUGGGAAGAAAGAUGAGUGAAAUAGCUAUCAAUAGCCUGAUAGAGACAAUUCUCAGUAUUAUGAUCUAUGCUUCUCCACUGAAGUACCAGUGCUGUAUUGGUGCACUAGGGCAAAUCUUUGCCUCUUACCAGGUGUCUCCACUCCUGCGCACUGAAACAGCCCAUCGUCUGUUGGAUGAUACAACACAUUACAAUCCACUGAUCCGAGAGCUAGCCUGGGAAGGGCUGAAGCGUCUAGGAAUGAUUACGCAUCUCUUUGCCGUGCCUCUGGCCCAAAGACUAAUGGACAAAGAUGAAAGAGUGAGGAAUAAGGCCCUGAGCCUCAUGGCUGAGACUGGAAUCCACUCUAAGACCUCACUCUUAAACUUGAUCCACAACCAAGAUACUUUCCGGGAGAUGCAGCAGGAAAUGAUUGGGGAAGAAACCCUGGACCAGCUGCUGGGAAUGCGGGCCACAGAUCUCCAAAUCCUUCAUUCCCAAGUGGAGCAGCGAUUGAAUGAAAACCUGAUCCUAUCACUGGGUGAUGAAAAGCCUACUUUUUCUUUAGAUGUCUCAGGGGCUUCUGAACUUACCGCCCUUUCCAACCAACUUGAUACAGCUCCUGAAGAACCUGAAGUUGCCUACAAGCCCAGCAAAGGCCAAAGACGGGGCCGAGUAGGAGGCAGAAAGCAUACCCGAAAAUUUUUGCGGAGCCUCAAGAAGAUGAAAGAGACUGGCACAGAGCCAGGUCCCUUAGAGGGUGAAGAUGAUCAGAGUGAAGCUGCACCAACUGAGGGGGAGGAGUGUAGGUCUUCAACCUCCAGUAUACUAAAGAUUUCAAAAGAUGAUGAACAAGAGCCUCCAGGGGUAGAUGCCUCAAAGGAUCAUGUUGCAUUGACCCUGAAGAUGCUGAGGAAGAUACGUGACAAAAGAGGCAGGAAAGCAACACUUCAGAAACCCAAAAAGAGGCGCAAGAGGAAGACAAUAGACGCUGAAGUUACAGUUGAGGACCCUCCAUAUCCUAUAAGGAAAGAAUCAGUUGUGAAGCUGGUGAAAGUCAGAGGGCGGGGUGCCUCUGGAGCUCCUGGCCACAGUACUACCCCUGGAGAUGGCUCAUCAUGGCGGGACGAUCUAUGUCGUCUUAUGACCCUGAGGAUAUCUGGUUCCCAGACAAAAAUGUCAGAAGCUCUAAACACUGAGCUAGUGACCAUGGCUCAGGAGGUGCUGGCAGAUCGACAGCCCAGCUGGGAGCUCUUUCAGGAGAUCUGUCCCCUGUUGAAGAAAGAAAGUAAGGAACUGCUUGAGGACCUUGACUGGGAUGUAGCCUGGCCAGAGGAGAAACCAGUUUUUCCUCAGGGAGGAGCAAUUAGAGAGGACAUGGUGAUCAGAGACAAGGAAGAGGAGACAAAAGAGGAGCAAGAGCGAAAGAAAGAAAGGGAUGUGCAGGACUUGCGGGAAACCCAGGUGAUUCCCAAAAAAGGCAAGAAAGAGAAAGUUGCUUUUUUAGAACCAGACGUAACCAAGGGAAAACGAAUAUCAAAGAAAGAAGAGAAGAAACCCUCUAAGAAGCCCUCUAAGCAGGAGGGGAAAGCAGUCCAGCAGGAAAUAAAAGUGGAUAAAAAAGAGAGGAAAAAAACCAAAGAAGAGGAGAGGGACGUGAGUCAGGAAGUGGGGGAAAAGGCCAAAUUAGAGGAGAAAGUGGUUGAGCAAGAAGGAAGACCAGUUAAGGAAGAGACAAAGCUGUCUUGGCAGGAGUGGAAGAAGUCCCGGGAUCAGUGGAAACAGGCCUACAGUGAGACGAGGAUAUCCUGGGAUGAAUGGAAGAAAGCCUGGGAAAGCAGGCAUCUUCAGGAAGAGGAGAAGCUCCAUGAGGAGGAAGAAAAGCUGUUCCCAGAUGAGGAAGAGCUGGAGAGGGACAAGAGGAAGCAGACGUGGGAUGAAUGGUCACAGAUCUGGGAAAAGAUGGCAGCCAGGGCCAGGGAGCAAUUGUUGGAGGAUGAGGAGGAAGUGACCCUGGAGGAAGAAUUGUCUCAGGAGUGGGAAGGAGAAGAAGAAGCAGCAGCAGCAGAAGAAGGAGAAGAGCUGAUGACAGAAGAGCAGAGACAGAUCCACCAAGAAUAUGAACAGGCACAGGUUGAGAGGAAACGGGCCCAAGUUGAAAUAAAACGAGCCCAAGAAAAGAGGAAGCUGGCACAAGAAGUAGAGAAGCUAGCACAGGAAGAGAGAAAACUGGCUCAGGAAGAGAGAAAAAUGGCCAGAGACUAUGAGAAACUGGCCCAGAAGGACAGGAAAAUGGUGCAGGCAGAGAGGAAGUUUAUCCAGAAUGAGGAAAAACUAGCCCAAAGAGAGGAGAUGCUAACCCAGGAAGCAGAGAAAUUGGCCCAGCGAAGGAAGAAACUGGCCAUGAGAUUGGAGAAACUGGCUCAAGAAGACGAGAAAAUAGCAAAGAAAGGAGGGAAGCUAGCUGAGGUAAAAAAGAUAUUGGUCCAGAAACUGGAAAAACUGGCCCAGAAGGAGCAAGAUCUAGCAUGGCAAGAAAAGGAACUAGCCCAGGAAUCGGAGGAGCUGGCAUGGGAAGAGGAGGAACUGAAUCAGGAAGAGGAGGAACUGGAAGAAGAACUGCUGAUCCAGGAAGAGGAGAAACUGGUCCAGGACAAGGGAAAACUGCCUGAGGAAAAGGAAAGACUUGUCCAGAAAAGGGAGCAAUUGAUGGAGAAUAAGCAAAAGUUGGCCCAGGAAGAAGAGCUGCUGAUCCAGGAAGAGAAGAAACUGGCCCAGGACAAUGUAAAAUUUCCUGAAGAAGAGGAAAGACUUGGCCAGAAAAGGGAGCAACUGAUGGAGAAUAAGCAGAAAUUGGCCCAAGAAGAAGAGAAUAAAUUGGUCCAGAAUAAGGAAGAACUCCCCAAAACCAAGGAGAUAGUAGCCUGGAGGCAGAAGACUCUGGCUCAGGAGGAGAAUCUAGCUCAGGAGAAGGUGAAACUGGCUCAGAGGAAAGAAAACUUAAUCCAGCUCAAAGAAAGCCUCACCCAGAAGAGAAAGAAAUCAGACCAAGGAAAGGAGAACCUGGACAUGUACAAGAAGAGACUGGUUCAGAUAGAGAAGAAGCUGAUGGAGGAAAAGGAGAAACUUUUCCAGAGAAAGGAGAAAUUGGCUGCUAUAGAGGAAAAACUGACCCAAUUAGAGGAAAGCCUGGCUGAGAAACAGCACCAAGUAGCCCAGGACAAAAUGAAAUUAGCUAUGGAAAAGAGGAUGAUAUUCCAAGGACUGAAACAGCUCAGAGGUGACUGGUCUAUUACUAAGGAAGAAAAGGCAUUGGGCAUGGAAAUAAAGAAAGUGGCCUGGGAGAAGGUGAGACUGGCUGAGGGAAAGGAAACUGUCUUUAAAAAAGAGACUCAAGAAACUUCAAGACAGGGAAGACCAACUAAGGAUGAACUAGAACUAAUUAAGAGGAAAUUGUCACUAGAGGAAAAGAUACUGGUCUAUGAAGAUAGGAUACUGGCCACAGAGCAAACAGACAUUACCAAAGGAAAACUGGAGUUUACUAGAGGAGGGAGAGUAUGUGCCCAGGAAGAAAGGAAGCUAGCCAAAUUAAUAAGGAAGUUGGCUAAAGAAAGCAAGGGCAUUUCCAAGGAACCAUUAAAAGUAAGCAGCAAAAUCUUAAAGAGACUUCAAGGCCUUAUCAAAAAAGAAAGGAAACUAACCCAGCAAGAAAUAGAGAUGACAAAGUUAAAGAGGUCAUUCCUUACUAAGGAAAAGGAAUUGAACAAGGUACAGAACGAACUUGAUGCCAAGGAGUGGGAUUUUUCUGAGGAACAACCAGAAAUUGCCACAGGUGAGAAGAAACUGGCUAAGAGGCAGAGAAAACUGGCCAAGGAAAUGAGAAGACUGAUAAAGAAAGAGAAAAAGAUGACUGAGGAAGAAAGCAGAUUGGCCAGGCAACAGAGAGAAGUCAUACAGGAAGAAGAGGAGGAUGAAAUAACGGAAGAAGAAGAGGCAAAGCCAUUCCUUAAACAAAGGUCAAGAAAGAGAAAAAAGCUAAAGAGAGUUGAUUUGCAACAGGAAGAGUUUCUCAGUCAAGAGGAUGAGGUGAAAAGUGUGAAAAGUGAAGAGAGCUUUUCUGAAGAAGUGGAAAGCUUGUUAGAUGAAAUAGAGCGAGAGAGUUUGUCUGAGGAGGAGGAAGAAGAGGAGGAGGAGGAGGAAGAGGAGGAAAUGGAAGAGGAGGAGGAGGAGGAAGAGGAAGGGAAGGAGAAGAAGAAGAAAAAGAAAAAGGAGAAGAAGGUGCAGGAGGAGGAAGAGGAGGAGGAGGAAGUGUUUGAGAAGGAGGAAAGCAUGAGUGAGGAAGAGAUGGAACAUUUGAGUGAGAAAGAGGGGGAGGAAGAGGAGAGAAGCUCAUUGGAAGAAGAGGUAGACAAGAAGAAAGAGAUCUUUAAAAAAGAAAAACUAUUUAAGUUACCAGGAGAAAGAAAAAAGGACUUAAAAGGAAGAGAAGCAGUCCCUUCUAUUGAGAAAAGAAUCCCCAAGGUCAAAGGCAGUGCUAUAAAACUUGAAGUUCUGAAAAGCCCUUCCAAGCAACUGAUCUCAGUAGUUCUGGGGAGGGAAGAGAAGGUACCAGUGCCAGCGUCAACUAAACAAAUAUCCUGGGAAGAUAAGGCCACAGUACUUGAGACGUCCAGGGUAUUCCCAGGGAUAGGGUUUAUGGAUAAACAAGAAGAACUGUUGAAGAAAUAUAAGCCCAUACCUCUACAAGUUUUGGAUACAGUUUUGGAGUCCCAAGAGCCUGACUUAAAGACCCCAUAUUUAUCCCACAUAUUGAAGAAGACCAUGGAAGCUCAUAAACUCCAAGGCAAACAACUAGGGGCCAAGUGGCAGUGGCUUCUGCAGCGUCAUCCAUCUCUGAAGGGACAGACUGAGGUACAAUUACCUGUGUCCAAAAUCCUGGCUGAGGAAAUAUAUGCAGACGUCAGCCUCUCAGAUGUAGAGUGGAUCCACCAUGUCCUAGAACAGAUGGAGGCAGGAGAACAGCUUUCCAGGGCUAGUUUCCACAGAUUGUGCCAGCUUCUCAAAGACCUCACUGCAAAGGAAAACUUAGAGUGGAUGCAUCUGGCCAAACUUGAAGCCAUUGUGUACCGUCACAAGCAGAACCUGGAAUCACGAAGCACAAGUAUCUCAAAACCCAGUAAGGAGCCCAUGGGUCCAAAAUACUUGAAAGUGAUCCCUCCUAUAAACGGAAAGGAAAAGGAAAGCUGGCUAAAACCUUUGGCUGUAUCCACACCAAAGUCCCCAUUAGCUACCAAAAUGAUUCCAGACCUGAAGGCUAUAAAUUGGCAUCUUCUAGGAGAGCCUUACAAGAGUGCGCGGGCAGAGCAGAUAUCCACUGCUCGCAAGGAGAUGGAGAUGCAACACCAUUAUCCUCCACCAAGAGACAUUUUCACAGGUGCCCUUGACCCUGUGGAAAAACAAACCCUAGCACUGAUGUUUCAAAAGGACUUCUGGGCUUUUAAGGAUAAGGGCAGGUUUGCCAAAUUGCCCAAGUUGGAAAAGAAGGCACAGCCCAUCUCUAAAAAAAAGGACAAGGUGCCUCUAUGGGAGACAUUUGUGGCAUUGUACCAUGUUUUGCGGAUGUUGCAGGAGCGAUACGCGAAAGACAGUGCUGCUUGGAUGGAACAGUUCUACCGUCUCAUGGACCUGUACCAACUUAAGUCCCCCCGAAUCCAGAGGCUACUACAGGAACUGUUACUGAGAGGGGAACCUCAAUCCCAAGAGAUCAUUUACAAAGAGGCCCUAAAGGCCAUGGAGCUAGUUCCUGGGGAGCGGUUGUUCUACCACCUGUUCUGUGGUGGCUCUCACACCCCUAAAGGUCCUCUGGAGUUCCAGGAGGUGGUUCCCCUCCCAGGGAAGAACAAUGUACGUACCAUGCUCCCUAUGGGCAUUGCCCAGUAUGGGAUCCUAGAACUUGCCUGGAAGAGCCUGCCGCAAGCUGAUUUACACCUCACCAAGGAAUUGCCCUACAUCGUUGCUCCUACCCCCUAA